AUGUCGUGAGAGAGGAGGAAUCAAGGAGUGAGAGCAGCAAAAUGCCGAGAAACAAGUACCUGAAGCCACUUGUGUUCCAUGACGGAAGAUUGGCUUUUCUCCUGAUGCCAUGCGAGAUGAUGGCGUUCUUCAUGUGGAUACCCGUGGCAAUCCCUUUGGCCGUGUUCAGGAUCGUGAUGGGGAUCGUUUUCCCUUAUAAAAUAUCCAUCUUCAUCGCCGCCGUCACCGGAAUCCGAUUCCGGAGGGCCGGAGAUGGGAAAGCGAACGGGGAGAAGAAGGGGGUGUUGUACGUGUGCACGCACCGGAUGCUGUUGGACCCGGUGAUGCUGUGCUCGGCGCUGGAGAGGACGGUGCCGGCCGUGACGUACAACCUGAGCCGGGUGUCGGAGGUGUUGGCGCCGAUGCGGACUGUGCGGCUGACCCGGGACAGGGGACGAGACGCGGCGACGAUGCGGCGGCUGCUGGCGGUGGAGGGGGGCCUGGCGGUGUGCCCGGAGGGGACGACGUGCCGGGAGCCGUACCUGCUGCGGUUCAGCCCGCUGUUCGCGGAGGUGGCGGAGGAGGUGGUGCCGGUGGCUCUGGACGCGCGGGUGGGAAUGCUAUUAUUUUUCCAACACUUGCAGAAACGACAACAAGGUUCGGUGGUGACAACAAUUGUGAAUCUUGCUGAGGCCAAGCUCGCGCAAGAGGGAGUCAAGGCUCCCAGUCAUGUGAUCCUGAGUGUCUAUAAGUCCCUUGUAGUUGAAGGUGUGGCGGGAGGAGUGUAA